CCCUACAUAUAUAUAAUAAUGCUAGACCGGCAUCUUAGCUCUCCAGUCUUUGUGCCGGAAAACAGAUUACAAUGCAUAUAGGAAUCCAAGAAUCCCCAGAGCCCAAAGGAGAUUCAACCUGCGGCGGGGAACCAAUCAGAACAGGGACGGUAUGGAGUGCGGUUGCUCAUAUAAUCGCAGCGGUCAUCGGAGCGGGCGUUCUGUCCCUGGCGUGGAGCACAGCUCAGCUCGGCUGGAUUGGAGGGCCCGUUGCCCUCCUCUGCUUUGCUGCGGUCACCUACGUAUCGGUCUCCCUUUUGGCCCUCUGUUACAGGUCACCUGACCCUACAACCGGAAGGCGAAACCCUUCCUACAUGGACGCCGUCGGAGCUUAUCUUGGGAGGAAGAGGAGAAUGAUGUGUGGGUUGCUUCAGUAUGGGUUGAUGUAUGGGACUUGCGUGGCCUAUGUAAUCACUACGUCUACCAGCAUGAGGGCGAUCAAGAGGUCAAACUGUUACCACAAGGAAGGGCACGGAGCUAAAUGCGAACACGGAGACACCGCAUUUAUGGUGGUUUAUGGGGUGAUUGAGAUAUUGAUGUCGCUGAUACCUAAUUUUCACGGCAUGGCAUGGGUGUCCAUUGUUGCUGCAAUCAUGUCUUUUGGCUACGCUUCCAUUGGACUUGGCCUUGGAUUUGCCACUGUUGUUGAAAAUAGGGCUGUUAAAGGAAGCAUAACAGGAAUAGCAACAAAGACUACUACUCAAAAGGUUUGGUUAACAUUUCAAGCAUUGGGAGAUAUUUCGUUUGCAUAUCCAUAUGCUCUUAUUGUCCUCGAAAUACAGGAUACUUUGAAGUCACCUCCAGCAGAAUACCGGACCAUGAACAAGGCGUCAUUGGUAGCAAUAGUAAUCACGACUUUCUUCUAUGUGUGUUCCGGAUGCUUUGGAUAUGCAGCUUUUGGUAGUGACACACCGGGGAACCUCUUGACCGGGUUUGGUUUCUACGAGCCAUAUUGGCUUGUUGAUGUUGCUAAUGCUUGCAUUAUAGUACACUUAGUUGGAGGCUAUCAGAUAUACAGCCAACCAAUCUACGCAUUUGUUGAAAAUUGGCUUGCCCAAAUUGUGCCUCAAACAAGAUUCGUUACAAAAUCAUAUGCUCUAAAACUUCCGUCAAUGCCAGCCCUACAAUUGAAUCUUGUCCGGAUAUGUGUAAGGAUCGCAUACGUCGCAUCAACAGUGGGCGUUGCAAUUUUGUUUCCUUACUUCAAUGAAGUCGUUGGAAUUUUGGGAGCAGUGACAUUUUGGCCAUUGGCUAUAUAUUUCCCAGUUGAAAUGUAUCUUGUGCAAGGGAAAAUUAGACCUUGGACAAAAAAGUUGAUUUGUCUUGAGACUUUCAGUGUGAUUUGUUCAUUUGUGUCUAUAGUGGGUUUGAUCGGUUCAAUUGAAGGGAUGAUAAGCGCGAAACUCCAUUGAAAUAACCACUGAGUUUAACAUCUUUAUUUUCUUUCAAUUUUCCCCAUUCUAUUUCUCUCUUCUACUCUGCCAUGUUCAUCUUCUUUCAAUUUUUUUAUAGGAAGGUCUUUCGAUUUCAAUGGAAGCAGAGGAUAUAUAUCUUCUCUCUAUUAUUCCUGAAAGUCUUCUUGAGCAUCUUCAAGAUGCUUUUGGUGGCGGAUUGAACUGUAUGCAAGGAGAGUUGUAGGGAGACGGUGAAGUGGUGAUACCAGACUCGUUUGAAGGAGUAUAUAGUCAUGAGCAAAAUGAUGGCGAAGUAUCAGAUCUAAAGAAGUUUCAACUCUUCCUCAAAGGGACUCUACUCACAAGACAGUGGACCUAGAGCUCUUCUGUAAGCCACUUCCUAUUCCCGACCUCACUUAUUUUGCAGGACAAGACGAUGUUGAAUCUGCUUCUUCCUACAAGGGAAUCUAGUUCUAUGGAAUUUUCAGGUAAAAUUUUAUUCAUAAAUUUUUUCGCCUUUU